AACUUGCAGCAUUCCUUCAAGUAGGCAAACCAAACGCAACAGGACAGCAAUCGCCUGAGAGAGUCUGCCCUAUGCACUCCAGUGCAGUCCAGCCAUGGAUGAAGGCAAAACACUGAAAAUCCGGCUGACUUUCUCUGUUAUUUUGGUUGGCAUCUCUUUAAUGUUUGCAGCUGUGGUGACUGAUCACUGGGCAGUGCUGAGCCAUAGAGUGGAGCAUUACAAUUCCACCUGUGAGGCUGCUCACUUCGGGCUAUGGCGGCUCUGCACAAAACAGUUUUACAUCCAAGACAAAGCUACCAAAGAGAGGAGCUGUGGGCUGAUAACUCUGACUGGAGAUCGUAACUGUUCCUACUUCAAACACUUCUCUCCAGGACAGAGCACAGAGAUAUUUGAAAGAACCACCCAAAAAGAGUACAGCAUUUCAGCUGCAGCCAUUGCCAUCUUCAGUGUGGGCUUUGCAAUCAUCGGAACGAUCUGCAUCCUCUUAUCCUUUAGGAAAAAGAUGGAUUAUCUCCUGAAGCCAGCGUCGAUGUUCUACACCUUUGCAGGCCUGUGCAUGAUCAUCUCUGUUGAAGUCAUGAGACAGUCUGUGAAAAGGAUGAUUGACAGCAAGGAGACUAUCUGGAUAGAAUACUAUUAUUCAUGGUCUUUUGCCUGUGCCUGUGCCUCCUUCGUCCUGCUCUUCAUCUGUGGGAUCGCUCUUCUGCUAAUCUCCUUGCCUCGCUUCCCCCAGAAUCCGUGGGAGUCUUGUAUGGACGCAGAACCAGAGCAUUAAAUGCCUGCAUCUAGGCUCACUGCUUAUGCAAUACCGGAAAGUGCUAUAAAAGAAUGGAUACGUUUUUUUUAAAGUGUCAGGAUGGUGGUAUAUGAAGACAAAAGUGUCUUUAGUUAAAACCAGGUUAUUGAACCAAAGGGAAGUUCAAUACUAAUUAUUGUUUGUUGGGUUUUUUUUU